CGUCUAGCGCGUUUGAUUGACAGCGUCAGUGGGCGCUUUUACUAACUUGGUUAAUUUGGGUAACAUCCUUCUUUCUAUUUACAAGUUCACUCACUGGCACCACGAAGUCUUGGUUGACAAAUUAAAUUAAAUUGAUUAAAGAUGUUUCUGGCUAAAAGACUCAUUGGUGGCAUUCUUGAUGUUGUAAGCAAUAUUGAUCCAGCUGCUUUUGUGCCCUCUGACCCACCCGCACCACGAAGGCCACUUGCAUAUGCAGAGCAGAGUGAGAGUGAUGAGGAAAGACAGUUUCGCAAAGUCUUCCAGCAGUUGGCUGGAGAUGACAUGGAGGUGAGCCCCAUCGAACUGAUGAACAUCCUGAAUAGAAUUAUUUCCAAACAUGGUGACUUGAAGACAGAUGGGUUUAGCAUAGAGUCCUGCAGGAGCAUGGUGGCAGUCAUGGAUAGUGACAGCACUGGAAAGCUUGGAUUUCAUGAGUUCAAACACCUCUGGAACAAUAUCAAGAAAUGGCAGGGUGUGUAUAAGACUUAUGACACUGAUGGCUCCGGGGUUAUUGGUGCAGAUGAGCUUCCCAGCGCUUUCAGGGUUGCAGGCUUCCGCCUCAACGACCAGCUGUUCCAGAUGAUCAUCCGGAGAUACAGCGAAGAGAAUGGGGACCUGGACUUUGACAACUACAUUGGCUGUCUUGUGAGACUGGAUGCUAUGUGUCGUGCCUUCAACACCUUAGACAAGGAUAACAAUGGAACCAUCAAGGUCAAUGUUCAAGAGUGGCUCCAGUUGACCAUGUACUCCUGAGCUUAGGACAUGCCUACAGGUGUUUACAAUACCACUCCAUUUCUCUCUACUUCAUGCUGUGUUUUAGACCACUCCAUGGACGCCCUGUGCCAGUCAACCAGUCCCCCAGUGUAUGCAGGUUUCUCUACAUUAUUUGCAACCUACACAAUGUGAAUACAGCUUUUUCAUACAACAAAAGGGGAGUUGUAGACUAACGUGGGAACUAAAAGCUGCACACACAGUGGUUCUAUGGGCUGACAUUGAGAACCUCUGGGCCAUUCGAUGCUGGUCUUGCAUUCAACCAAGAGUAUCUGCUUGUUUUCCUUUUGAAUUGAAGAAAAGACAGCCAUAGCCUGUGUAGAGGUUCUUUCCAAUAGCUCUCAAAUGGUAAUCAUUUACAAGCCAUUUCUGAAAUAGUCUAUAACUGUGACACAUAAUAAUGCCAGCACAAUGUUAGUUUUUAUGUCUAACAAGAAAAAUGUGGUUUGUGCCAUUGCUUCAUGAAACCAACAGAUGCCAUUAAAGGAUUUGGUAACUGUU